UCGAAAAAGCCAACGCCGUUAUCGUCCUUCCUCCGCAAUCCGCCGCAGAGAACAUCGGAACCCUCAGGAAGCUUCUAGAAGCCGCCCGCGCGGAGCCCCCAUGGAGAAGGAGAAGCAGAAGCAGGGGGCCGACGGCGCCCUCCUCCUCGCGCUGCGCUGCUCCAGGGCGUCUCUCGUCCUCUCCUCCCUCCGCCAGCCACCCCCCUCGACGGCGACGACCCGCCGGACCUCAUCCUCCGUGGAGUUCGACCUCCGGAACGCGCGCCUCCUCGACGCCGAGCUCGCGGCGGCGCGGCGCGCGGCUGCCAGAAGCGCGCGGACAUCCGCCGCUGAGAUUCUCUUCGUCGUUGCUCUGGCCCCCCUCCUCAUCCUCUUCGUCGCGCUUCUAGCGGCGGCGCUGGCGGAGGCUGCCGCGGAAGGGGUGGCUUGACCCGCUUGCCGACGACGUCAUGAGAUGAUGCGGCGACUGAACCCAAACCCUCCGUGUUAAUUCCCCCCUUCCGGGCUCCGUAAGUUGACUCUGUUUCUCUUCAGCUGAGAAAGGAAGCUGGUAUCUCGAUUGUGGUACGGGCCUGUUUGGUGUUUUCGGUCUGUACGGUAGGUGUUCGACCAAAUGCAUGUUCCUUCGUAGUUGUGUGCACAGAGUAAGGCUAAGGUUGUAGUGAUAAUUAAGAGAUCAGACGAAAUCAUAGGGUGAUGAAUGGUGCCUGUCUCAUUGAGUUGCAUUGUUCUACUGUUUUCUGAUCGAAUUAUGCUGAUGGAAUGGUAGAUGCAGGGAUAUGCCUUGCAGUGUUGCUGCUUGUGUGCCAUGAUCCAUAGAUUGUGAAAAGGGCACUGGCGAUGAAAUUUCACGAUGGGUGUUAUGUUGCUAGUCUAUGAUUAUUCUUUCAAGUGAAAAGUAAAUGUGUUUGAGCUUAGUCAAUUGUUCAUUGCAUUUAGGCAGCAUCCUCAUCAGGAUCAUGCAUUGCUUUAUUUCUCCUUUGUAUGAGUAAGGGUGGCCCAUGCAUUUGCGCUGCUAGACUUUUCACGUGUUUUACUUUGAGAAGCUGAUAGAAAGGUAGACAUGUAAAAUUAUAGAUAAACUUGUGGUCGAAAUGUAUGAAACUCAUUUGGCAUUGUUUUUUAAUGAACUGCUUGCCCCCUGCAAGUUGCUUAUGUAUUUAACUGUGAAAACUCUCUAGUCAAGUGUUUAUAUAGUUUAGCCAUGUACGCUAAUGUAUUAUCCGUGUAUGUUGGCUUAGAAUUGCUAAAGCCUUUCUCACUAAGGCUGAAUUUGAUACUGGUGUAAAUUAUCAUAAUCUGGUGUUUUCAACAAGCAUUUGUCUACUUACCGUAUGAAUAAGCCACUGUCCUGCUUUCGAGGCUAUUUAUUUAGUUAUAAUAUACAAGGUCAACACAAUGUAAUGUAGCAACACUAAACCGAGCCUAAGGUGAUGGAUGAAUGUUUUCAGAAGUAGGGUUUUUGUUGUCGAUUGUGUAAUGCCUUCAAUGUACUAGUUUGUUUAUUUAUUAUGUUAUG